AUGCGCACGUUCUCCACGGCAUCGCUCUUGGUCAUCUCCAUGGCCGCCGUCGCCAACCAUAGAGGCAUCGUCGCAGCGCCACAGCGUUGGAGAUCCAACCCACUGCCCGAACGUCAGGAAGACAUGCUGCAGCCGACACCGUCUUCUCCCGGAGGAACAAUGUUCAACUUUCCGGGAUUCCAGUUUCCGCAGAUGGUCAUUCCCGGCUUCCAGGUGCCAGGUUUCAGCGUUCCGUCCAUGGGCUUCAUGCCGGGCGGCAUGAACUGGACGAUGAUCACCUUCCAAAUGCCCAGCUUCAACUUCAACUUCAGCAUGCCGGGUUUUGUUGGCGGAUUCCCGAGUUUCUCGACGUUUCCGAGCAUUCCGAGUUUGCCGGCUCUGCCGAGCAUUCCCAGCGUGCCGGCCCUGCCGGCUUUCGGUGGUAUGGGGGACAUUCCGGACAUCCCGGACGUUCCGGACGUUCCAGACGUUCCGGAUAUCCCGGAUGUUCCAGAUCCAUUCGGCGGUUCCAAUGUUCCGGAAACACCGGCGACUGAAGAGUCAUCGAUGAACUCUCCGAUCAAGGGUGAAAGACUGACGAGGCAUCGAGGAACAAAGAACUAA